ACGUGUGCGCGCUUUUAUCCCCGUAAUCCCGUAGUCAAUCUCCUGGUGGUCCCUUUGUUGGCGUAGUAGGCUGGACUUAAUUUGUUCGUAAGUGCGUACUUGUAUUGCUUGCAUCAUGAGCCACGUUCUGGUCAGGUGGCUUAACACGGGGAAGGCCCGCAUGUGGGACGUGGUCGCGGUACGAGAUAUAGUAGACACAAGGGUAGGAGCGACCAUUCUCCAAAACUCCAAGGAUUCGUCGGUGUUGAACACUAACGUCCACGUCCGCUGGGAAGGAGAGAAGCAUCCUGCAAUGAUCGUUGCCGUGGGUAAGUUUGCUCCGAUUACUUUGUAAAACGCCCGAAUUUCUCAUGCGAAUUGGAGGUGUUCAAGUUGUACUUAUUCUUUGUUUUUAACAGGAAGCUUAACUCAAAUGGAGAAAAGGUGCAGGAUAGAAAUAAAACAAGGAACCUGCAAUGGAGCGUCAGGAAGCGGCAACCCGCUGGAACCAUGUGAGAGCUGUGCCACACUGGAAGAAGAGAACAGAUCAAUGAGGGCUCGUAUUCAGCUUCUGGAGGAGGAGAACAGCAGGGUGAAAGCCACCCUUGAUUACUUAACGGCCCAAAGGGAUGGUAUUGAAGAGCUUGCAAAUUCUGUGAGCGAUGUUCGCCUCCUUCAUGAAGAGCUGCGAGAAAUGGGGAAGGCGAGAAAUGCAGAAAUCACAGAACGUCGGGCAGAGGUAUGUAAUAGUUUUUUACAUUUGAUGUAGAUAUGGAGAAGGAGCAAUGUUUUCACCAAUUACAAGUUUGCAGAGCAUAUUGUCACGAAUGACAGGUGACAGGAAAAUACAUGUUUAAUGGGGCGAACUUGUGCCCAAAACAAAAGAGAAUAACUGCGUCGUGGAUGUCGAAUCUCAGUGUACAGCAGAGUCAAGCGCAGGUGAUAGACUGACUGGCUACGUGGGACUCCCUUUAUAGCCGCUUCACUUUCUGGAAUAUUCCUACUAGAACAUUCGUCACUAGAACAAACAACAACAUUUUCGAAUUUUCUAGAACGACGGACUUUACGAGUUAAUAAAAAGGCAGCAGCCGGUCCCGGGAUUCGAACCCGUGACCUCUGCGUGGUAGCCAGGUGCGGUGCCCACUCGGCCACCGCACACAUAUGCGGCAAUAUGAUAUAAUUUGGUGUAGUAGGAGCAAAGUUUUCACUAAUUAUAAUUUUUCUGAGCA